CAGCUCGCUGCGACCAUGGCGUCCGGGCCUCACCCUACCGCGGCCGCCGCCGCCGCCACCUCGGCCGCCCCCGGCGCGGGCGGCCCCGGCUCCGGCGCGACGGCCGCCACCACGGCGGCGACGGGCGGCAUCCUGAUCGGCGACCGGCUGUACUCGGAGGUGUCGCUCACCAUCGACCACUCGCUGAUCCCGGAGGAGAGGCUGUCGCCCACGCCGUCCAUGCAGGACGGGCUGGACCUGCCCAGCGAGACGGACCUGCGCAUCCUGGGCUGCGAGCUCAUCCAGGCCGCCGGCAUCCUUCUGCGCCUGCCGCAGGUGGCGAUGGCGACCGGGCAGGUGCUGUUUCACCGUUUCUUCUACUCCAAGUCCUUCGUCAAGCAUAGCUUCGAGAUUGUUGCCAUGGCCUGUAUUAAUCUCGCUUCGAAGAUCGAAGAAGCGCCCCGAAGAAUAAGAGAUGUGAUUAAUGUAUUCCACCAUCUCCGCCAGUUAAGAGGAAAAAGGACUCCAAGCCCCCUGAUCCUUGAUCAGAACUACAUUAACACCAAAAAUCAAGUUAUCAAAGCAGAAAGGAGGGUGCUAAAGGAGUUGGGAUUUUGUGUUCAUGUCAAGCAUCCCCAUAAGAUCAUUGUUAUGUAUUUACAAGUCUUAGAAUGUGAACGUAAUCAAACCCUGGUUCAAACUGCCUGGGUAGUCCAUGAUGGUAAGUCAUAGAACUCUGCCCUCUGCACUUCAGCCCAUGACCUCAGGAUGGCCUGAUUGGCUGCCCUGCUCUCCAGCCAAUCCAGUGCAAGCUCUCAUCCGAGAUUCACUGAAGUGGUCCAUAUCCAUCUGGCAGCAUCUUCUAGUUCUGUCGGGGUGUCAAAAGGAUUUGUAUAUUUGUUUCUAGAAGUAACUAUUCAACAUGCCUAUGUAUUUAAUGUAUACCUGUAACUAUCAAAAUGAAUAGUUCAUUUUUGAUAGAUUUUGUUGUCCAGCCACUAUGAAUUAAAUGGUUUUUUAAAUUAGGAGUAUGAGUAAAUCUCUACUUAUAGUGUGUAUAGCAUGAAUUCUGCCAAAGGAGGCUACAAUGAGUAGCUUUAAAUGGACAUCAGUGCCCAUGUUGGGUUAAUUUACAGCUGCUGAGCUUUUGCAGACAGUAAUAUUAAAAAGAAGUACUUCAUUUUUAAAAGAAAAGCUAAUAUGACUUAAAUGCUUUUGAACUUGGACCUUUGAGAUACAGAUAUAAGACUUGGAAGCUGGCUAAGGUCAAGCAAGGAGAUUGUGGUUCAGUCACAAUUCUCUUAAGAUUGUUGAUAUUCAAGAAUUAAGUUUUAUAUUCUGGAUUUUUCUACUGAGAUGUCUUUUUGACUGCCAUGCAUCUUUUGGACUCAGUAAAUAUUAAUAAUAGAAGAAAAGUCUCAUUGCUUUUAUGAAAUGCAUGAUUUUUAAUGUAUUCUAUAAAAUUUUAAAAGUUUUAAAUGGAUGACAGGAUUUUUAAAAGAAAUAAUCCAUUUAAUUUUAGUUUAAGCUUUUAAAGAAUUUGUAAGAUUUCUUUGUUAGUUUAGGAAUAUUGUGGGGGAAGGUUUACUAGAAAUUUCAGCUGUUUAUUUAAUUAGUUUAUUGCUUUUAUUUAUAUGCUUAGUUCCCAAAAAAAGUAUGUAAACAAGGCCAUUAUGUAUACUUACUGCUCUUCAUUUUCUACCUAGGUUUGUUGAAGUAGCUUAGUUUUCUUAAUUUUAAGUGUAACUUGAUGAGUUCUUACUAAAAAAUGCCUUUUUACCCCUGUCACAGCAUUUUGAGUUUCUGAAAGAACUUGGUUGACACUGCUUUUCAUUGUGGAUAAAGGAGAGAUGGUCAACAAUUAAUGGCUUGAAGUAUUAUUGGAGUGGUUUAUUGUUUCUGAAAUUAAUCAUGUCAAAAUUAACUUUUAGAGCAUUGCUUUUUGUAGAAAUACAUUAAAAGAAUUUAGGGGUAAGUUCUGUAAGGGAUAGUAAGAUGAAUUUAUUUAAAAGGUCUUUGGUUUUAUAUAGGACAACUGAAGAAAGGUCCUGGUAUUCUACUUCUGAUUCUUUGAGCUAAGAAUUGUUAUAUGCUAGAAUAUAAGAAUGUAAAUGUAUGAGAGAAGAAAAAAGAAUGAAUUAGAUUGAGUCUCCAAUAUAAUGUAAGCUUCAGAAGAACUGGUUUGUUUAUAUACAAAGCUUAUAGUUGAAAUAUUUUUCAGGAAUUAUAUGAAUGACAGUCUUCGAACCAAUGUUUUUGUUCGCUUUCAACCAGAGACUAUAGCAUGUGCUUGCAUCUACCUUGCAGCUAGAGCACUUCAG